AUGUUUUUUUUAAAAAUAAAUCGUACAGCAUUUUCUCUAACAAACUAUCUUACACAGAAUUUGCUUAUAAAAAGAAAUUACAUAUUAUUUCCGACUUUUCAAAAUGCAGUUACCAUCAAUGUUACAACAAAUAAGUUGAUAUUACCAUCAAUUUCUUCGUUCUUCCUCCAACGUCGUCACCGAGCGGAAUUCGCUCCACGUCAUACGAAAUAUCGAAAAGCUCAUAAAGGUCGUGUUCCAGUACGUAUAGGUGGUUCGACAAAAGGAAACACAAUAGCGUUUGGUUCAUUCGGAUUGAGAGUAAAAGAUGGUGUACGGUUAUCUUCAGCUCAAUUAACAGCAGCUCAUACCGCUAUUAAAAGAAAAAUUAAAAUUAUUAAAGGUAGUCAAGUUUGGAUGCGUGUUUUUCCUGAUAUACCUGUCACCUCGAAAGGUAAUGAAACGAGAAUGGGUAAAGGAAAAGGUAAUUUUGAUUAUCAUGCUUGCAGGGUACCAAUGAAUAAAAUUCUAUUUGAAAUUGGUGGUGGAAAUAUUAGAAAGGAAGUUGCUAAAGAAGCUUUAAGAAUAGCUUCCGAUAAAUUACCUGUUAAAACCGAAUUUGUGGAAAAGGAGGAUGAAUCAAAAAAACAGAAAAAAAUUGAUGAGGUAGAGAUUAUUUAUAUAGAAUAA